GCUUCUGCGGAAACAAUAGCUUUUAGCAGCGUUUGUUAAGGCUGCUGAAAGAUAUUGUCUACGCAUGUGUAUAAUGUAAACAUCACGACCAGGGACCGGGUCGGUGGGUUUAAGAACAGCUGUUCAAAAUUUGCCAGCGCUUAAAAAUAAAUAAAAAAAAGUGCAGAAAGAGUUUCAACGUUGACGUUUAGCUAAUUGUAAUUAUGUUUUUUAGCUCUGUUUGGAGGGGAUGUGAUAAUGGAAGCUUGGGUGGCGACAGCAAAUCAAGUGAUUCGGAUUCGUAUAGUAGCAUGGAUGACUCUUGUCUGUGGGAGUUAUAUACAGGCGACAACAAUACAACCAAGUCUAAUAAGGUGAAGAAAUGCUUCUCCCCGCACAAAACACCCAAAAAAGAUUCACUUUACAAAAUAUACCCCAAAAAGUCACCCCAAAUUAAAGUUAACAAUCGAUCUCCUCGUCAACUUACGUUGAAAGAAUCAUUCAAGAGAACUCCAACCAAACCGCUACUGCGCAAAUCAUUUUUUACGAAUUCUCCUUACAAAAAAACUUCACGUAGUUCGCCUCGACUGAAAUCUUCAUAUCGUACUCCGAGUUCAUCACCAAAAAAACCCAUGGAAAUUGUAAAUGAAGCUGAAGACUCAAUCUUAUGGCAGUUAUAUAAAGACGAUCGCUUUAAAAGUUCUGGAAAUUGUAAGAAGAAUUAUUCACCUACGAAAAUGGUCACAUCUUCACCUUGUAAAUCACCAUUAAUGAAUUCUAUGGACUUUGAUGCGUGCGACAGCUUAGAUACAUAUCUAUGGAAUUUAUGCAAAAAUGGGGAAAAAGAAAUAUCUAAGUCCAGUCCAAAACAAAUGGAAAAAUCUCCACGUAAACUGUCUGUAACGUCUACAAAUCAAACCUCUAAGAAGACAACGAACAAGACAACUAGCAAGGAGCCAAGCACGUUAGAGUUACCCAAGAACAGUACUGGUGAUACCAAAUCAAUGCAAAGUCAAUCAAAAGUAAAGAAAUAUCAAUCAAAAAAGGAUUCUGCUUCACCUGUCAACAAAAAAUCGACUACCUCGUCAUCAAAGUCAUCCUUAAGAAAACCUUUAAAACCGUCAAAAAGCAUAAGCCCAAAAGAUGAAACUUUUAAGGGCGUGUCUUUUCUUAUGACACCUUCAGUUAAGAAAGGCUGCAAAACAACUGAAUGCUCAUCAGAUGUGCUAAUCAAUUCCAAGCUUUCCAACGGUUCACUUAAACGGCAUAAUUCAAUGAAUGAAAGCUUUUCGGGUCAAUACACUCCAUUAUGUAAGCUUACGAAUCGAUUGACAAAUUCUGAGCCACGUGCAAAAAGGAAAAUUGACACUUCUAUCAAUGGCGAUUCUUCUGAUGAAUGCACAAGCAAGAAGAAACCACGUUGUCUGCAACUCGAAGAAAACCGCCCGAGAAGUUGCAUUCCACUUUUUGCUGACUCAUCAUUUUUUAUACCAAUAUUAAAUGCUGAUGAUUUUACGCACGUUGGCAUUGCGCCAAUGAAAUAUGAGAAAGAAUGCGCUUCCUGUAGCACAAGUCAUACACCUUUAUGGCGUGACGCGGAGGAUGGGACGCAUUUAUGUAACGCGUGUGGCAUUCGUUGGAAAAAACAUCGAAUACGAUGCACCAGAUGUUGGUAUAUUCCACUGAAAGACGAGAAAAAGUAUGAGCUCAUCGUAACCGCGAUCCCAGGACCUGUUGUCUCUUUUUGUACAUCUGACAGCGAGACCUAUCAAUAA